GUAAUUCUGGUAUAUAUAUACAGAGAACGAUACUAAGAGCGACAAUAACUAGGGUUUUUGCCGAGGAGCUCCUUCUUCGUACCCGUCGCCCUAAUCUGCAAUGGCCAAGAGAACCAAGAAGGUUGGUAUUGUUGGGAAAUAUGGCACCCGUUAUGGUGCUAGUUUGAGAAAGCAGAUUAAGAAAAUGGAAGUGAGUCAGCACAGCAAGUAUUUCUGUGAAUUCUGCGGAAAGUAUGCAGUGAAGAGGAAGGCUGUUGGCAUUUGGGGAUGCAAAGACUGCGGCAAAGUGAAAGCUGGCGGCGCCUACACAUUAAACACUGCCAGUGCUGUGACUGUUAGGAGCACCAUCAGAAGGCUUAGGGAGCAGACUGAGAGUUAAACUUAGCUGAGUUGGUUUUUGGCAUUGUUGUCCUUUUUGAAGUUUUCAGUUUCAUUUUUAAGUUACUUUAGUCUUGACUCUUGUGAGCUUGAUACCGAUUAAUGCGAAUUCCUGCAAUAUUUAAUGAUAUCCAUGAAAUCAUGAAGUCUUUUUGA